CCGUCACUUAAGAUACAACGACGAAUGACUGCUUGGUUUAAAUUGUCACUGAUCGACAAAAUGCAUUCAGUAACCGUAUGCUCUCUGUACAAAAAUGCAUUGAAAACUCCCGCAAGUUCAGGAGGAUAUUUCGUUUGAUCGGUUAUUAUCUGUGCGGGUUUGAAGUGUUAAAUAAUAUCAAGUGUUAAGUCUGGAAUCUAUUUUUAAACUUUUAAAUCAUCAGAAAACUAUACCAAGAAUAACUUUUAAUAUCUGAUAUAUUAAAAAAUGAGUGUGUUAUAGCUAUGUGUAGAGUGGUUGUGUCGAUAAAAGUUUUUUUAUUGCUCGAGUAUUAAGGGUUAGAAAUAGGUAGUUUAUAUGUUUAAAAAAAAAAAGGAAUGGUUCGGAAAAUUGCGAAAUUGGUGAAUCGUUUGUGUAUAGUUGUGACCAGUAUGAUUUAAUUGAAAUAUACGAAACACGAAUUUAUACGCAACGUAGAUAAACAUCUUUAAAAAUAUAUCGUUUAUUAACUGUAAACAAAACUUAUUUUGUUUUUCGUAUAACAGCAUUUUAUUAACCAUUAAACGUUUUCGGUGAUUUACUAAAUUAGAAAACGAUUACGUUUUAAUAAUAUGCUUUUUUUCAUUUCCAGUUAAAAUGUUGUUAAUACGUUUAUUAAUUUAACGAUGUGUUCGACUAUAACAUUUUGUAAAUUUAAGGAAAAUUACUUAUCAAAUUUAUUUUUAAUUAUAUACUUUUCGUUUUAUGUCAUAACAAUAAUUUACUGAAAGAUAUUUUAUUUUAAUUGUUAAUUAUUAACAAAGGAUAUUUGAUUUUAAAUGACAUAACAAAUUUAACUUAAUAAGUUCAAUCGAUAAUCGCUCGAUAGAUAAUUAUCAAAAGCUAGAAAGUUGUUGUACAAGGGUUGUAUGAGAAGUACACAACCUAACAAAAUAACAAGACUUUUUUUCUACAAUCAUUUUAAUUUUCCUGUUAGUAAAACUUCAGCGUAAACUAACAGGAAAAAGUCGCUGGGAUCGGCUUGGAACGGUUGAACACGGUGGAGGUCAACUAAUUAGCCGUGGUUAAAAUCCACUUGAUUGCACUUUAUUUUGAUUCAAAUUCGAUCGUUUUCUGUUAUUUCUCCCUUUACCUUAUGAAGCAAUGAUUCGUGAUGUACAAUCCCAGAACAACGGUUGCCAUUACUGUUUAGGCUGAAGAAACCGUCUUUGCUUUUUCAGAGCAGAUUUGCCCUUUACAAUCCACUGUCUUCACUGUUGUGAUUCGACGCAAAAAAUCCGAAUAAUUUUGCUAAAACUGUAUCAUUAAGGCCUGGGAAAUAUUCAUUUGUAUGUGCUUUUGGUCCAAAGUAAGCAAACGCGGCACCCAACGCACACAUAACUCAUUCAUUUUUGCUAAUUUUAGAUUGUACAAGUUGUCCCUGUAAAAGUUACGAUUUGUCAACAAUUGGGCAUGAGCCGCACUCUACAUGGACAUACGUAAUCUUCCAUAAAAAAAUUUAUAAUGUUCGAAUGUAUAAUUUAGAAAAUAUACUUAAAUACAAGUUUUGAUUUCGAAACUUUGAAGGCCUAUGACUCAGAAGCGAGGUGUCGUAUGAGAAAACUUUUUCCAUAUCGCAGCAUUAUUUUCACGUCAUCUACUCACUCAGGAAUUUUUUGUAUCAAGUCCCGGAACACCCUGCAUACCCCAAUAUGUACUGAUAAGUGUUGACAUCUUGAAGUUGAGGUCGGAAACUUAUCAGACAACAAGAUUUAUACAUUUUGAUUAUUUUCUAUAAAGAAUUUUUACGUUUAUUCUAAUUAUUAUUCAAUAAAAUAUUAAUAAUUUACAUAAUAUCUCAUGAUCAUCAAAAACGACAAAGACUUAAAUAUUUUAGUGACAUUGAGGAUAUAUUACGUGGUUUUUAGACAUUUUAAAUGAUCUUCGUUUCAAUUAAUAUACUUCUCAGAAAUUCAAUUUUAAAUAUAAAUGUUUCAUUGCAAUAUUUCUUGGUAUUUAUUAGUAGUACUUUUAUAAAGAAAAAAAAAUUAAACUCGAUACAUAAACAGUUUCAAAUUAAUUGAUUUUAAAUACCUAACUGUUAAUUGGUAAUAUUAUAAUUGAUUGGUACUGUAUUUAUUAUUGGCUUUUUGAAAUUUGAAUAAAAACGGCGGAUCUCCUCUCUUUUUUUUUAUAAACGUCUGGUCGAGAGCUAGUAUCAAAUAAAUAGCAAAGGAUUAAUUGUACACUACUUGUAGUUAGUUAUAAUUCGCGUUUCUAGACGUUCCAGUGAAGUGCGUGAACUUUUCUUCGCUCCACAUUUGAAGUGUUCACAAUUUCCAUUAUCGUCUUAAUACUCUUACAUACAUCAUAAUUUUUCAAUUUGUGUUUGUAUCCCUUCAAAAACUUGUUCCACAAAACUGGUUCCAUUUGAAUAUAAAAAAAAAAACAAGGAGAGUAACUGCGUUAAAGUGUAGUCUGUUGGGUUUACACCGAUUUCCCGCAUUCUUAGUUUUUCUCCCAAUUAUUUCCUCAAGGAAACACCACAAUUGCUAUCUCAAAAAUUUUUCGGUAAUUUAGAAAAUUUAAAUAUAUCGAGUGGUGUUGUAUUCAAAAAUCGACUGAAUGUCUUCACUUUUAUUAAUAAUUUAACUUUCGAAACGUAACUGUUAAUACUUUUAUCAAUUUAAUUACUCAUCAGUGCCAAAUUUAUGGUUAUAUAAGAUCAUUUUUUUUUAGAAUGUACGAAGUUUUUUGUUUGUUGUGUGAUACGUUUUGCUGAUAAUUGAAUACAGGUCUCUUAAUGCUUUAAUUAUCUUAAUAUAUCUCAUAAAUGAUAAACGUGAAUGAAAAAAAAUACGUUUGGAUAAGGCAAGAGCGUUGCGUAUAACAUAUUAUCCUGAAAAUGUUGCGUAAACGGGUGAUUUUAAAUAUAUAAACAAAAAUGGAGAUUCUACAUACCAUAUCACUUACUUUAUACACAAAAAUGAAUAUUUACUUUCAAUAACCUUCAUUCCUCAUUUCCUAUAUCAACUUGUUUACUAAAUUAAGACCCUUUUCUAUGUAAAAAGCAAGCAUAAGAUGGUAACUUUACAUUCGAGUAGUGUAGAGGUACCGCCUGUAGAUAUUGGUGUCGAAGUUUCGUAGGUUGUGGUAUUCGGGAGAAACGUGCCUUGGUAGCUGGUUCCACAGCUUUGCACUUCUCCAAAGAAAGGAGUCCCGUUAAAUCGACGAUCUGGGCGUCUGCAGGCGAACUCAGUGUUCAUGAGUCACGUCUGCCUGUCGAGUAGAUCUUGCAAAUACUGCUCUAAAUGGGAUUAAGCUGGACAGUUCGGAAGGGCAUCUGUCGUGGUAAUAUCAUCAAAACAUCCCCUAUAUGCUCUAAGCUAUCCAAGUUUCUAUAACCUAAAAGUCAAAUUGCUCUCUUCUGUAUUAAGUCUAAAGGUAUGCUUGUAAGCCAAGCUCCAAAUGUGCGAGCAAUACUCCAAAGAUGGGGAUUAGAAUCUGUUUCGGAUUAUAUAGCUUUUUGGUCUUUGAAAGAGCUCCAAGUUUUUGUGAAGCUGCCUACGGAUUGUAGUGUAGCCAUUUUGAACUGCUGCCUGGUGGUUAAUGAGUAUUUUAGUCGAUUACUCCAUAGACAUCCAUUAUUUGUUCUCGAGUUUCUUCAUCUAACAAUAGUCCAAAAUGUAUAAAUGUAUAAAUCAAAGUUAUCGUGCAUCUUGUAAAACUAACUUCCGCAUAUUUCAAAUAAUAAAACACUUUCAAUAGUUGUUUUAUAAAUAACUAUUACAUGAAUAUAGUUUAACUAUAACUUUCUUACUGCCGCGAUGCGGGUCAUAAAAACUAUUAACAAACGGUUCAACAACCCAAUCUACUAAAUCAUUCCUUAAAUCUGAAAAUAUAAAUCUCCUCAAAAUAUAAAAUGCGUCUCAGGAUUAGUAAAACGGCUCUCAAUUUUCCUUUUGAAAAAUCGGAAAUUCCCCAAAAGACCUUUUUUUCUAUAUGUGACACAAGUGAUUAGGAAAAGAUGUUUAGAAUCAAUAUCGUCUAGGCCCAUAAACCAAAUUUCGAAAUUUUUUGUCAACUAGAAUUUUCUCAGUCGUUUUAUAUUUUUUAAAGAUAUAUUGGUAGUAAUGACAAGUGACAAUGAGGUAUUUUGAACCAAUAUUUUACCAUAAAAUUAUCAAUAAUCGACGUACAACAAAACGAAACCAGUAUUUGAAUUAUAAUAAAUAUAUUACCUUAUUAUAAACAUUAGAAUUCGAAUGUUUUUAUAUGGUAAUAAAUUAACUUAAUAAUUUCAGUUUUUAUUUGUUACACUUAUUAAAAAUUAGCUAGACAAUUAUUAUAGUACAUUGUGAUUGUAAAGUUUUUGUCUACAAUUGAUAAAAUAGGAUAACUUGAACAAUGUAAAUAAAUUAACGACAAAAAAAAUCCACAUUCUCUUUGAACGGAUUAUUAUUCAAUAAUUUUUUGUCGUUAAGAAUUUCCUGUCGACUCGUUAACUAUUAUUUAUGAAAAAGGUCAAAUUUCGUAUCGAAAUUCGACGAUAACGUGAGUUUUUUCUCUCUAAUUUCAUUUCCAGUUGUCGCAAAUAAAAAGUUCGAGAUGAGAAAAAUGUGUAAAGGCGGACCAGUCGUGGCAGCUGCUGUAACUGUUUUCGAAACACAACAACUAAACUACAACAAUAUUUGUAAAGGGAAUAAUUCACUCAUCCCGGAUCGAAAUAGUUCCCGUUCCCCAAACGAUCAACCUAAAAAUAAAAUCGGUUGUUUAGAUGACGAAUUUAGCUUCGAAUCGGCCGUCAAGAAUUUUAACAGCAUCGCGGAAGACGUCCAGGAAUUCUGUUUUACUGAUUCGCUGAAAAGGAGCGGCCGUCUUCCUAUCAUCAAAACGGAGUCUAAAUCAGAAAAACCUGAGGAAUUCCACGAGGUGAACGAGUAUAUGAAAGAGGAAGUGUUGAGAAAUCAUGUGAAUGAGAAGAGGGGAGGGGGUGGGAGUGAGUCGUACAGUUGCGGUAACGGAAGUUGUAGUGACAGUGGGGCAUCGGAUAGUGAGGAAGAAAAGGAGCAGCUGAUUAGUGAGGGGUUGGAGACUAUUACUGAGGAACUGAGCGGUGCGCAAUCGGGUCAAGGACAAGAAGACGAUUCAAGUCUAGAAGACGAUUCUACAAUAAAGGAUCAACAACAUCAAGCAUGGUCCGAAAUUUAUUCCAGUCAAAGUUCUACAUCAGAUUUGUCUACAUCUUCAUCAGAACAUCAGUCCAAUUCAAGAGAUAGCUCAACACGUUGCAACAACGACUUCCAAUGGAUCCGUAAACAAUCUGCGGAUAAUCCGUCACAAAAAAUGGAGGACAUCGAACAGAUUCCCAGUACAAAACCCCCACUUAAUCGGACGGUUCGCGAAAAGACGCCUCGCAAAGAAAAGACUACCGAAAGCUUGGAUAGGAGAAAAAUACAUCAAAAUAGAAUAGAAAGAGAUCAAAAAUCCCGAUCGCAUAUUUUAAAAAGUCCUCCUAGAUUGGAUGAUUUCACCGGUGGUGGUUGCCAAAGUUGGUGUUGCAACCCUCACGAGUUUUGUUACGAUAAUUUUCAAAGGAGACACGAAAGACAAGAUCCUCAACGAUACGGCAGUAAUCCUACGUUAGAAAGAAAUCAACAUCAUCAAAGAUUCAUCGAAAGGGGGAGUCAUCCAGAUAUAUAUAGUGAUUUUGGAAGAUUUAGGCAUGAAUUGCAGUGUUGUUCGUAUCAUAUGGCCCCAAUUAUUCCGCCGUGUUGUUUUUAUGGCGACAGAACUCAUCAUUGGACGCCUCCUACGUAUAGUAAGCCGACCGAAACGGACGAAAAGUUUAGGAAACUUCAGUACGAAAAAGAUAACCUCCAAUUACAAGUACAAGUAUUGACAGAUCAAAUCGAAGCUCAAUCUGAUAAAAUUUCAGAUUUAGAAAAGUUACUCUACGAGAAAAAACAGCAGUUAUCAGAAACCGAGGAUAAAUUACAAAGAGAAAUUUUGUCCAGAUCAUCGUUAGAAACCCAAAAACUAGAAAUGAUGUCGUUAGUGAGCGAAUUGAAGUUACAACAAGCAGCUUUAGAAAGGGAAAAUGCGGAAUUGAGAAAUACUCAUUUCAACAAUAACUCUGAUUUAAAGAAACCUCCCGUGAUGCCUAGGAUGACAUCUCAACCUACUCUAACCUCUACACCAGUACAACAUGCUGGAAAUCAAAGAUUGAAUAGGAUUUCACCAUCACCUAGUCCAGUGACAGUAGUAGCUAAUAACGCCGGAAGGAUAGAUAUAUCUACACCUUUACCAGAUAUUCAACAAAGACCGAAGACUCCUCCAGCGAAUUUCAAGCGUCAAAUCGACGUUCAUUACGGCAGUCUUCCACGUCAACAAUUUCUUCUAAAUGGCAAUGGUAGCAACGUCGACAACAACGCGAAUCCUGCAAACGGAAAUAAAAAAGGAGUCGCCUUCGGUAGGGGAUUUUAUUCUCUGGUAGGGGGCAGGCACAGGGGAUUCUCUGUUCCGAAUCUAGCGGAAACAGAAAAAGUCUUGAUAGAAGACGGAUCAAAUGAAUCGCCCGGUUCUCCAAAUAUCUCAUUCAAUAAAUCCAAAGGAAUUAAGAAGAUUUUUGGUAAAAUUAAAAGAUCCGGAUCUGGAAAUUUAGAAGACAUUCAGGGCUUAAGCGAAUUCCAAAGAGGAGGUGUCAGAGCUACUGCAUCGGCAAGAUUGGGAUGGAGUGAACCUCAAAUAGUACAAAAACCAGACAAACCCUUCUCUGAAUGGGAUACAGAAAAUAUUUGUGAUUGGUUACAAGACUUGGGGCUUGAUAAUUACAUAACAGAAGCAAAACGUUGGGUUCAGAAUGGUCAGCAAUUACAAGAAGCUUCUAUUAAUGAGAUAGAAAAAGAAUUGAAUAUAAAAAAUCCGUUGCAUAGGAAGAAAUUACAAUUGGCACUUAUCGAUACACAAGCUAAUGGAUCAAGCGAUCUAUACUUAGCUCAAGCAGGUAAAUUGGACACGGCUUGGGUACUAAGAUGGCUGGACGAUACGGGCUUACCACAGCACAAAGAAAACUUCCUAAUAAAUAGAGUAGAUGGUCGAGUUCUACAUCGACUUACCAUGGAUGAUUUAGCACUAUUACAUGUAACGUCAAUGUUACAUGUCGCCAGUAUUAAAAGAGGUAUUCAAGUAUUACGUGAAAAUAAUUACGAACCUGGAUGUCUACAAAGAAGAUCUCUUCCUGACGAUCCAGAUCCGCCUACGAUUAGACAAAUUUCUUUGUGGACUACACAUCGAGUAAUGGAAUGGUUAAGAGCAGUCGACUUGGCAGAAUACGCACCAAAUUUAAGGGGGGCAGGCGUUCAUGGUGGUUUAAUGGUAUUGGAACCAAAAUUUAAUGCUGAAUUGAUGGCGUCACUUUUAUCAAUACCACCAGGAAAGACGUUACUUAGGCGACACCUUAAUACGCAUUUUAUAGAACUGCUGGGUAAAGAUAUAAUCCAAGAAAAAAGAGAAAUAGAGUCAACGAUGGGAUACAUACCUUUAACGCCUUCAUUAAAAUUAAAGGUAACAAAAAAAUCACAAUUUUCGCUGAAGAGGAAAAAAUCUAAAGGCGAAGCAGAUUAUGGAGACCUAGUGUGUCCUUUAAAUCCAGACAAAACAGGUGAAAUGACAAGCUCCACGGGUAUGAUGAAGACGGCAAACGUAGAGGACGAGGUUGUCUAUCGUCGCAUUGAAUACAAACCUGUCAGAUCGUUACCAGCAUCUGCAGGGAAUUCCCCGAUUCCACAAAGAAUGUUCGAUAAUAAUUAGAUUUUAAUUAUAUAGAAAUAGUAUAUUUCCAUUUUACCAACUUUUUAAACAUUGAUAUAUUUUAUAACUAAUUUAUAGCAUAAAGUGAGACACUGUAUGUACAACAUAUCACCAGAACUGCCGAAGAUAAUUUGGAAAAGUAUCUAGAUAAGUUACUUUAUCUUUAAAAAGUAUUUAAAUUUAGUUUGAAGUUUGACUAUUUAUCUCAAGCUACUUUGUAUAUUAUGUAUGUAAGUACUAAGUUUUUAAAAUCAGAUUAUGCAUUUCUUAUAUUAAUAAUUUAAGAAAAAGAAGAAAAGUACUCAUUUUUGAAUCCCUGUAAACAUCUAAUAUACUUAAAAAAAAUGAGAAUAUAUAAAAAUAAUGAAGUAAUAAAUUAAUUUGUAUAACCAUUUUGUCAUGUACCCUAUUUUUGUUGUUAACUGCAUUUACAAUUUAUUUAGUAUAAAUAGAAUAUAAUAAUAGUAUUUUUCGAAUCUAAAAUAUUAUCAAAGAUGCAAUUUAUUUCCUAAAUUAUGUGAGACAAUUAUUUCUUUUUAUAAAAAAACUUGAAGAAAUUUGGUUAUUAGGAUACUUUAAAUUUACUAACGCAAUCUAAAGUAGCUAAGUAACUUUUUGGCAGCUCUGUAUAUAGCACAUGUUUAUUUCAUUUAUUAAAGAUGAAAUUUGUGACAUUGAAUCAACUUACCGAUUCUAAUCAACUAAUUUAACCAAAUAAUCACUAAAAAAUUGAGUAUCAUACAUAUAUAUUAUUGGCUCGAUGUUUGAACCACUUGUAUUUUUGUAUUUCUAUAUAAACUCGGUUAAGCCUUACAAAAUAUCAUCCUAUAAUACCUCCUGUUUUUACCAAAGCCUUAUCUUACCUUUUCACCAAAACCUGUUCAUGACCAGCAUUAGUUAUCGUUUUUAUUGCCUAUUAACUUGAUAAUAGUAAAAAUACAAACAAAAUUUAUAUUUGUAUUUUCACUUCUAUACAUUGGAAGAUAGCCAAAAAUCUAGAUCCCAAAUGAUAAAAUAAAUGUACGGAAUGUAUCUAGAGGGAUCUUAAUCUAUGUAGAUAAUAAAAACGAACUCUAUACUUAAAUAUGCUUCAGUUAAGAUAAGGGAGCACACCAAAAGAAUGGAAACGUGCAAAGCAACGCAUAUAAAAAACUUGCAGCACAGUAUGAGUUUCAAAAAUUAAAUUAUAUGAACUGUCUCUUAGGAAGAGACUAUCAGAAUAAAAUUUCGCUACUUAUAUAAACUACAAUUGAUGUGGGGAAUUUACAAACCACUUAAGUGAUUUUUGGGUCAAAACAAUUUGAUAUUCGACUUCAAACAAAUAAUAUGUUGAAACUAGCACUGUAAAAUACUUAUAGGCAAAUAUCAAAUUGAAGUAUUAAGUUUUUUUGUUACUAUUUUAUACGUACUAAAUAAACAUAAUUAAUUGCGUAUUAAAUAAAUAUAAUCAAAUUAUUAUAAUACAACUUGCCGCUAAUGUAUCCAUCAAUACGCCCUAUGAAACUCCAAUGAAAAAUUGAUUUCACUACCAUCACAAGGAAUUAUUAUUAAUAAUAUAUCAAAGUUUUAACUGCAUUUUUACAAAUUCCUAACAGUAUUCGAUAGUUAUAAGAAAAUUUUUAGUGAGUAACUGAAUCGAAAUUACUAAAGCUUGCAUAUUAAUAAUUUAAAACGUGUGUAUUGUUUUUAAUAACUGCAUAUUAGUAUUUAACUGGCGCCGGUGCGGUUUUUGCCAAUCAAGUUUUGAAUGUUUUGAAUAAAGCCGGUACUACACGAUACGUCCAACGCUUGCGCCAAAAUUCAACUUCAAACGUAGCUAAAUAUUUGACGAAGAUUACUACUUUGACGGGGUCAAAAAAACCGAUUUUCCAUAGCCAAUGUUGGAAACAAAACAUUGAUCGAAUGACAUGCGCGCACUACGACCACACGAUGUGUUCAAUCGUACCAGCGUUGGAAGCAUUGGACGCACCAUGUGGUACCGGUUUAAUAGAAUUAGAAGAUUUUGUGUAAAAUAGUUUGAACACAUUUAUUGUUUACUGGUAGCUUACUACAUCGGACCAUGUUAUCAUUCUAAAUGGAACUACAGAUUAUAUUCAUCGAAACUUAAACCAUUACUGAACCACUAAAUAUUAUCUACAAAAUUACGGAUUAGAAUUUCUAUGUUGAUGCAAGAACUAUAAUUUUUGGGAUCUCAGCUUCUGAUUCUGUGUCUUAUAAUUUCUUUUUUUAAUAUAAUAUAGUAGACUCUUUUUAAUUAAUUAACUAAUCUUAGUUCGAAUUCAAUUAAGCUCAACAGUUACACAAUCAGAAAUUUACUACACUAAGCCAUAAAUAUUUAGAAUUGACGUCUUUAGCAUGUCAAACUAGUUGUUUUUAAUAAGAGUGUGUUGAGGGUAUUCUGCAAAUUUUUGGGAAAAAAUGACUUUGGGCAUUCAAGAACUAUUCAAUUCUUAUCUAUCGAGUAUUGAUAUAAAAUAGUAGUUUCUAUUAAAUAAUUGAUUAAGAUGUUUCUUUGUACUUAACUCUGGAAGUUUGCCUUAGAGUAUUGGUUUUUGCAUGAUUUGAAGGAGGCUUUCAAUUCCGGAAAAUUAACUAUAUAACACCAUUUAUUUAUGUCUAGACACAUUCGUAAAUGGAACCACUGGAUUUAUAACAAUUUAUACUUUUAAUUUCGGAACCCGAUAUAGGUAAAUGAUAUGAAAGAAAUACAGCUUCCAUCUUCUUAUCAGAAAACAACUCACCACACGGCACGCACAUAUUACAAACUAUGAGAGAAACCAACAUAUUCAACAGUAAUUUACUUCAUAUUUAAUAUGUAUAAGGUAUAUGAAGAAAAAAAUGGAGGGACAGUAUUAAAUUCAAGUUAUUAUCCAUUAUAUAAUAGGUGUAGAUUGACUAUUGCCACUGGAGCAAAAUGGUAAAGGACAACACAGUUUAUAAUGGCUAAAGAAUUUGAUCCAAAUAUUCCGCUUUGGUUUCCAAAUAUUAAUAUUUCCAAACAAAAUAAAUUAUAUAUUAGAUUUGAAUAGUAAGUUUCUUACAAACUUAUAUAGAGUUUAUAAAAGAACACAACUGGCGAUAACUUCUAGUACGGUCCGAGAUAGUAAGCAGUUGAGUAGCAUUUUAGUAGAUUUUAGGUGAAAGGUGUGUAAGUUAUUUAUUAUAAGAAACCAAAAAAAAACGAAUGUGAAAGUAUAAUUGAAAAAAAUAUUUUAAUGUGUUAAGAACAUGUUUACAAUAUAUUAUCAGGUGACUUUAACGGAAAUAUAUGAUGACUAAGUGCCAAAAAAAUAAGAAUUGCUUUUAACAAUGUUCCAAAAUUAUUAUAAUCGCCUGUUUCAAGUUAUUACUAUUUUCGAAUCACCUAUCAUGUUAAAUGUGCCCAAUAUCUAGAAUUAUUUCAUAACUAAAUCUAAACCCGUAUCAUUUAGGUAUCACAUUUCAAUGAUAAUAUAAUUAGUAAAAUAUGUUUGCAACAAAAAAAUCAAAUAUAUAAAGUCAUAACUAAACUAAUUAACAAAAACUGUGUUAAAACACACAUAUAAAAUGUGUUUUACAUCAAGAUAUAUAAGUACAAUUAUUAGUAAACAAAGUUUUUGGUUCAGUAACUUUAAUAUCAAAUUCAAAUUGUAUACCAGUGAUUUUUUUCUAUCUAAUUCCACACAAAAUAAACUUUGUUUAUAUUUAAAUUACAAGAGGCGAAUUCAUCUCUUGUUACAUCAUUUCAGCAUAAAAAAAUAUAUGUAUCAACAUAAAAAAAAUGUAUGUAUCAAAUUAUUUUGAAGGCUAAUGAUAUAAAAUACAAAUUUUGGUUUGUUAUGAGUGUAUUUAAAAAAACAUAUUCAUUUACAUACCUCAAACUGGUUCAUUAAAUAUCAACAUGAAUCUUUUAUACUAAAUUUGUUUUGUUUGAAACCUUGGCACUGACUUACUCCAACACCACAGUAAUGUAACAAAUUAUGUAAUUAUAUUGGCACAUAAAGAACGUUUCAUUAAUAAUUGGAAUAGAUAACUAUUGAAUGAGGUAAAAAUAUGAAGAUUGAAUCUAAAUUACUUAGAUACAAUGUGGCCUUAAUUGAUUUUGAAAACGCAUUAGUUCAAAUCUCCUAGUUGUAUUCUUGUCCUAAUGUAAGUAACUGCUAAUUUUUCCCAACAUCUAAUCCACAGUCCUUGUAUAUUUCAGACUGUAAUUGGAAACUUUUAUUUAUGAUAAUUUAGUGGAGUGUACACUUCCCACAAAUAUUCAACAGUGGUAAUAUUACCACUUAUUUAUUAAACAUCCUGUAUUUAAGUAAUUUUCAUAAAAGAUAAAUGAAAAUUGGAACAUUGUCAUAUAUAUGCAACAAUCUGUUUAUAUAACAAUAAGACUGAAAGGACGGGGGCCAGCUGACCUGUAAUGUGGUAUUAUGACAAAGCGAGAAGGAUUCUAAAAAAAAUAUAGUUAUUGUAAUUGUUAAAACUUUAUCUACUUCUGAUAAAUAAACUAAUGGUAUAUGAUUAUUUGCUAAAUUAUAAAAGAUAUCUCAUUUAAAAAGUGUUAUGUAUAGCAUUAAGCCAUAAUUACAGUAGAAAUCUUAUAAUAUUAGAAUAUCUCUAAGUAUUAAAUACAAUAAACAUAUACUAUUUCAAUUACACUGGUCUGCAAAAAAAUUAACCAAGCACCGGCACUAUUAUUGGUGAUUCUUAUGUAAAAUUACGUUCUGAAUCACCAUCACCCACCAUUUUCGGGGGAGCUCCGCACUUCUCUUUUUACCAUUUUUCAAUAAUAAAAACUUAUGGACAUCGAUUUAAUUUGAAGGGGUAAAAAAACUAUUCAAUCUGGAAACAAUGAUAAGUAGUAAAAAUAAGUACUAUUAUUUUGGGCUUCCUCUCCGGUUAUACCCUGAGGUAUUAUUUCGUCCCAAAAACCAUCGGUACUCCGCCAACAUGCUUGCAUUCACUUUCUUGAAAAUCUCAAAAUCUCUUUUCCAUCUUAGCGAUGUCUUGAUAGAAUCGUUCCCCGUGUUCAUCGGUGAUUGCUCCUAAAUUUUUAGGGAAGAAGUCCAGGCGCUAAUGAAGGAAGUGUACUUUCACAGACAUGCCACAUCUCAUGGCCUUGCACGCUAACAGCAAUUCCUUUUUUCAUUUUGAAUCUUGUAAAAGUUGUUGGGGACCCGUAAAAACUUCAUUAUUUAGUUUUCAAAAAUUGAAAUGUGUCACAUGUCUUGUCCAUUGCAUUCACAAACUUUUUAACAAACCCAGUUUAAUGUGCAAAGGUGGCGAGUACAUAUUUUCCUUCGGGACCAAAGGACAUUUUUGUUACCAGGAGUCAUAGGCCAAUUCCGUAUGGUGUAAUGUAAGUAUGAUCGUGACUAAAGUAACAACUUUUAAGUCAGCACAAGUGUCCAUUUAUAAUCAUGAUAACUAAUUUUAUCAAGGAUUCGACUGAUAUUUUCGGACAUCUUCUCCAUAUCAACAGAGUAUGUAACUGGAAUUUAUGGUUAUUCCCGUUUGCCAACUGGAUAGCUUGUAUGCGUGUUUUCGAUGAAUAUAUAAAGUCUUUAUUUGUCUCGAUCCCAUGGGAUCUUUAGCUUUCUGGUCCUAUAAAAAGAUAUUUUUACGAGCUUUUCUAAGAGACUCCACUGACUAGACGUUGAAAUAUGUGAAAAAUAAGUAGGGGAUCUCCACCACAAAUGGUGUCAGGGGCGAUUUUCAUGCAGACCAAUGUGAUUUAGACCUGCAUCAAGGAAUUUGAUAAAAAAUAUACUUCAUAUAUUGUGUAAUAUUAAUGUUCAUUUACUUUAACUUGCACUGAAACUUUGUAUUGGUAUGAGAAACGUAGGCAGCAAAUUGUUUACUUACUUUUAUUAAAUAAUAGAAUAGAAUUUUUACUGAUUUUACAAACCACUUACAGGUGAAGACACAUCAUAUGUGGUACUGUACAUUAGUAAAAAAUACAAGUACCUAUAAAUAAACACCUAAUAUAUAUAUAUAUAUAUAUAUAUGGUGUGCUAAUUAUAAUAUUGUAAAUAAAGACAAUAAAUACUAAUACUUGAAAAA